AUAUCUGUAAAAGGAAAGUAUUGUAGAUGUAGUAUCUGUAAAAGGAAUGUAAAAAGGAAUGUUUUAUUUGACUGCUUAUGUUCAACAGGCCUGGGCCAUGGGACGUUUGUCGCAGGGGUGAUAGCUAGCAUGAGGGAGUGCCAAGGAUUUGCUCCAGACUCCGAACUGCACAUAUUCAGGGUCUUCACUAACAAUCAGGUUUCAUAUACAUCUUGGUUUUUGGAUGCCUUUAACUAUGCUAUCUUAAAGAAGAUUGAUGUGUUGAACCUUAGCAUUGGAGGCCCAGAUUUUAUGGACCAUCCAUUUGUAGACAAGGUGUGGGAAUUGACAGCCAAUAAUGUGAUCAUGGUCUCUGCUAUUGGAAAUGAUGGUCCUUUGUAUGGCACGCUCAACAAUCCAGCCGACCAAAUGGAUGUGAUUGGAGUUGGUGGCAUCGACUUUGAAGAUAAUAUCGCUCGGUUCUCCUCCAGAGGGAUGACCACGUGGGAACUUCCUGGAGGUUAUGGGAGAGUCAAGCCUGACAUAGUUACUUACGGCUCUGGAGUGAGAGGUUCUGGCAUGAAGGGCGGUUGCCGCUCACUCUCUGGGACGAGCGUGGCCUCCCCUGUUGUGGCAGGGGCUGUCACACUUCUAGUAAGCACGGUUCAGAAGCGUGAAAUGGUGAAUCCAGCCAGUAUGAAACAGGCUUUGAUUGCCUCAGCACGGCGGCUUCCCGGGGUCAACAUGUUUGAACAAGGGCAUGGCAAACUCGAUCUUCUCAGAGCCUAUCAGAUUCUCAACAGUUAUAAGCCGCAGGCCAGUUUGAGUCCAAGCUACAUUGACUUGACAGAAUGCCCUUACAUGUGGCCGUAUUGCUCCCAGCCCAUCUACUACGGAGGCAUGCCCACAAUUGUCAAUGUCACCAUCUUGAAUGGAAUGGGAGUCACUGGAAGGAUUGUAGACAAGCCGGAUUGGCAACCGUAUUUACCGCAGAACGGAGAUUACAUUGAGGUGGCGUUUUCCUAUUCUCCUGUUCUAUGGCCUUGGUCAGGGUAUCUGGCCAUUUCCAUCUCCGUGGCAAAGAAAGCCGCCUCUUGGGAAGGCACCGCACAAGGACACGUCAUGAUCACCAUUUCCUCCCCAGCAGAAAAUGAGUCAAAAGUUGGUGCUGAACAAACUUCAACCGUGAAACUCCCCAUAAAAGUGAAAAUUGUCCCAACCCCACCUCGGAAUAAGCGGAUCUUGUGGGAUCAGUAUCACAAUCUUUGCUAUCCACCAGGAUAUUUUCCAAGGGAUAAUUUAAGAAUGAAGAACGAUCCAUUAGAUUGGAAUGGUGACCACAUUCAUACCAACUUCAGAGAUAUGUACCAACAUCUGAGAAGUAUGGGGUAUUUCAUUGAAGUACUUGGUUCACCAUUUACAUGCUUUGAUGCCAGUCAGUAUGGAACAUUAUUGAUGGUGGACAGCGAGGAAGAGUAUUUUCCAGAAGAAAUUAUUAAGCUGAGAAGGGAUGUUGACAAUGGACUAUCGCUUGUAGUAUUCAGUGAUUGGUACAAUACUUCUGUGAUGAGGAAAGUCAAGUUUUAUGAUGAAAAUACAAGGCAGUGGUGGAUGCCAGAUACUGGAGGAGCAAAUAUUCCAGCACUAAACGAUCUUCUGUCCGUCUGGGGCAUGGCCUUUAGUGAUGGGCUCUAUGAAGGAGAUUAUACCUUGGAAAGCCAGGAGAUGAAUUAUGCCUCAGGAUGUAGUAUUGCAAAAUUUCCAGAAGAUGGCAUUGUAAUUGCACAGACUUUUAAGGAUCAAGGUCUUGAAGUUUUAAAGCAGGAGACAGCAAUAGUCGAACAUGUCCCCAUUUUGGGCCUCUUCCAAGUUCCUUCAGAAGGUGGGGGCAGGAUAGUUUUGUACGGGGACUCAAACUGCCUGGAUGACAGCCACCGGCAGAAAGAUUGCUUUUGGCUCCUUGAUUCCAUUCUGCAGUACACGUCAUAUGGAGUGAUGCCACCAAGCCUCAGUCAUUCGGAAAACAGGCAGCGGCCCCCAACCGGGGCAGGUUAUAUUCUUCCAGAGAGAAUGGAAGGGAACCACCUUCAUCGCUACUCCAAAGUGCUCGAGGCUCACUUGCGUGACCCCAAACCUCGCUCUCUUCCAGCAUGUCCUCAUUUGUCCUGGGCAAAGCCACAACCUCUGAAUGAAACAGCACCCAGCAACCUUUGGAAACAUCAGAAGUUAUUAUCAAUUGACCUGGAUAAAGUGGCCUUGCCAAGCUUCCAUCAGAACCGACCCCAAGUCAGGCCUUUAUCACCUGGAGAGAGUGGAGCAUGGGAUAUUCCAGGAGGAAUAAUGCCUGGACGCUACAAUCAGGACGUGGGAGGGACAAUUCCUGUCUUUGCCUUCCUUGGUGCCAUGGUGGUUCUGGCAUUUUUCGUGGUCCAAAUCAAAUCUAAGAGUAGGCCAAAGAGGCGGAAACUUCGAGUUAAACGGCCACAGAUUAUACAACAGGGCCACCCUCCAAAGACACCGUCUGUUUGAUUGCUGUAGCCAAAGAUGAUCUCCUCUUGUUGACUGCUUUGUGGAAUUGCGAUCAGCGGCUAAAGAAGUUUAGCCCGACCUAGCCACUGGGUCUGGGACACACAACCUUCUCCUUUUGUCUUUGGUUAUUGGCGGGCGACAACUCCACGGAUGAUCUUCAGUUAAAAAGCGCCCUAUUAUUUUCAGUAGCUGAACUGACCAAAGGCUUAAACUCUAUUUAAGAAGGAAUCACUUGCUUCUGAUUUUGGAAAGGACCUUUUUUUGUUCUUUGACUUUGACCAAACCUUUUCAUUAGAGGCUAUUUUCUGUAUUUAUUUCCAGAGGGACCAGGGAAGGAUCCUCAUUGAGGCCCUUGGCUCACGGAUGGCAGCGCCAUUGUUUUCCUGAAUGGUGUGCCCUUUUUUUAUGCUCUCUCUUAUGAAGACAAAUAGACCUCAUGCCAUCCUCCCAUAAGGAUGAGAAAGAAACUGACUGUUGGAACAAACUAGGAACAAAUUGGUGUGGCUGAUUUGUCUGAUCAAUGUGGACCUGUAGUCCUUUCAUUUAUUUUUAUAAAGCAACUUACCAUGACGUUUUGUAAUUCUUCAGCAUGAUUUCACCAUUGCGGGUGGAUAAAAAUUUUCAAUAAAUAUGUUAUCUGUAUUG